AUGAGUCGGUAUCUGACUCCAGCAAAAAUCACCCUGCUGGUGCUCACUCUGCUCUACACUGAGGAUGUAGUCCCCACCAAAGAAGCUACGGCCGUGUUAUCUUUUAUCCUUUCUCAGAUUAUACCAUCAAGCAAGCAUUCUCCAUUAUUCCGGGAAAGCACAGAGUUCGAGCAUGCGCUCCCAAUAGCUGAAUUCGAAUCCACCUUAUCCUCACGCCCGUCUGCACGACCUGGACGAACUCUAUUUGAUCUCCUCCUGAAGAGACUAUGGGAGAUUGAUUGCUCCCAUGCGCUCGACGCCUUCAUCACAUAUCUGCCUUCGCUCUUGACGAGAUCAAGAGAACAGUUUCAGAGGGACCGCGAAAGCGGGGAUGGAUCCGAUCAAGUCCACUCACCCAUUCUCAGAACAUCCCCGCUAGGUGCUUUCAUUCGACGCUGUCAUUUGGAAUACACGAGGCUACAGUUUCAAGACAGCAUCACUCUUUGGCAGGAUUUCAUUGCUUACAGACUGCCGACUCGCGAGGCAUAUGAGAAGAAGAACCACGGAGGGGGCAGAAACGCUCUUGACUCGAACCUUGCGGAUUUGGACCUUGAUUCGUCACAUCCUCUAGCCAUGCUGAUGUAUGGAAGACUAGCCGAGGACGAUCAAAAGUAUCACGGAGCAUUUAGUAUGUACGAUGUCGAGAAACUGAUGGAAUUUCAGGUCUCCGAGAUCCAGCGUCUUGGUGGGAGAUUACCUGACGGAAUGAAACUGAAGCUUCAACAAAUGGCCAAAGCUGGUACCGUCAUACCAAAGCUGGGGAAUUAUCUCAGCUUUCUUGACUCGUGGCGAGCUGGUGAUUACUACUCAGCCUUCGACAAUCUGCACAGAUACUUUGAUUAUGCAAUGCAGACACGCGAGAGAGCAAUAUAUCAGUAUGCAUUGCUCAACCUCGCCAUUCUUCAAGCAGACUUUGGAUGCCACGAAGAGGCACUUUCUGCGAUGCAGGAAGCUAUUGCCACCGCACGCGAAAACAAAGACAACACGUGCCUUAACUUCUGCAUGAGCUGGGUGUAUCACUUCGGACGCUCUUUUCCCGAGGAGGCGGAUGCCAUACGCGACAGCGGCAUUCUCGGUAGCGAGGUCGAGGGACUUGCAUUCCUGAAAGCACGGGCCAAGGAAUCGGAGAUGUGGAGUCUCUUGGGGACGACACUCUUGAGUGAAGCAAAACUUGGGAUGCAGUACGGAGACAGCCUUGCAAGCGUGUUUGAAAACAUUGCAAAAGCAUCCUACCUCAAUGUGGUGCGAUCAACGCAUAGCACCGUCGGGCCAAUGUUGCUCAUCAAAGGUGCUGCCUUUAGCAGGAUUGGCCUUGGCCAUCUUAGCUGGUGGUGUGGACAAGCGUUCUUGCAGUGCCAUUCCGAGGACGCUCCACUCGAAGAUCUAUUCAAGCACUAUUGCCGCAUCGCCGGGCUCUUGGUUCAACGCGGCAGAUACGCCGAAGCUGAACAAGUGCUUAACAAUAUUCCAUCGCAUGUGCAUCGGCGGAUGAAGUUUCAGAAUGCUCUAAACUUCUGUUCUGGUUUGUUUAGGGCUCGAAGGCUGAUACUUCGGGACAAUCUCGAUGCUGCAGAGCAUUUGCUCGAUCGACUGAGCGGACAAGGGGCACCAGAUGUAAAGGUUGCACUUUUACUGUCCUUGCUCGAGAUCGAGCUGCUUAUCCGCCGGGGGGUUCUCGACCAGGCUCUUGAAAGGGUCGAAGAUUUGGCACAAGGUGCGGAUAGGAACCAUGAAAUUAAUGACAUCGCCGUGCAGAACCGGCUAUUGCUCCUCAAAGCACGAAUCUUGAUUGAGAGCCGACAUCCGCUCAAGGCCUUCUCGAUCGUCAUGCGCGCAGCACAGAUUGCGUUUAGGGGAAGAAUCCUACACUCGUUAUGGGCAUCGAUCUGUCUCCUUGCCUCAAUUCUCAACCACCUCCGCGAGUUUCUCCCUGCUGCCGAUCUUCUCCAGUCAAUAAUGCCUCAAGUGCUGGAAUGCCAUGAUUGCGAACUCGCCGCCGAGUCAUACUCCGUGCUCGCAGACGCAAACAUGGGUCUUGCUGGCUCAUCGUCAGGACCAGACAAGUCAUCUUCGACAAAGCAAAAAGAGUUCAUAAACAAAGCAAUGGAGCAUAUCGACCAUGCCUAUGCGCAAUAUAGGUACAUAGAAGAUCUGCAGGGCCAGCUGGAGAUGCUAAAGAAAAAGGCAACCAUUAUGCACUGGAGAGGAGACUGGGUGUUAGCGAACGACACUGCGACACAGUACCUGGGGCUUAAGAAGGAGUUCGAGGCUCAGAACGUCUGA